CCUACAACAACACCACAUCCGAUUAUACAACAUAAACACACUUGUCGCUCAUCAUGCUGGUCUCUUUGACCGUCGGGAAGGUAGAUGCCGGGGUAGCCGUGCUUCUGACUGAAGACAAACGCCUGAUUGAAUUCCCUUCAAUCCUCCUUCCACCAGACAUAUCCUCCGGUAGCAUCGUGGACAUCACUGUUGCCCGUAAUCACAAGAAAGAGAACGAUGCCGCCCAAGCCUUCCACGCCCUCCAGACCACCAUCUUCCGCACCUUCGGCCAGCGAACGCCCUCUCCGCCCGUUCUACGCUGUCGCAAUGCCACCCAGACAUCUGUCGUUCUCGAAUGGGACCCCAUUGAUAUUGCUACGGCAGAGCUGCGCAGUCUGACGCUUUAUCGCAAUGGAAGCAAGGCAGGCACGAUCCCCAGGCCGAUGGAGCAACAUAGUACAAAGUUGAGCGGUCUAGCGGUGGACACGGAAUACGUAUUCCAUCUCGUGCUCAGGACAAGCGCGGGAACAUACAGCAGUGAGAAGCUCAAGGUGCAGACACACAAGAUGACAGAUCUAUCUGGUAUCACGAUCACGCCCGGCCAUAUGCCGGCUGCACUACGCGAAUCUCUGCAGAAAACUGCGGAAAGAAUCGGCGCGAAGAUCGUGGACAACGUGCGCAUUGAUACGACCCAUUUCGUAUGCACAGAAGGACGUGGACCCGCUUGGGAGAAGGCUGUGGAGCAGAACAUUCCCGUUGUGGUACCAGAUUGGGUCAAGGGUUGCGAGCGGGAGGGAAGGAUAGUGGGUGUUAGGGGCUACUACCUGAAUGCGGAUCCGAGAUUGCGACAGAUAGGUCCUGGCCCGACACCACAGCAGCAACAUCAAUCCCCGCAGAUUCAGCAACAGCAAGUCAGAAGUCCCCCGCUACCGAGUCCACGGACGGAAGUUACGCCGCCUACCCCUGAGAGACCUACGCAUGACGGACGGGAUUCAGAUGCUGAGAGUGCGGCACCACCUCCUCCGCCGAAGGAUGAUCAGGUGGAUGGGAAGAAAGAAGUAGUGGAGACUCCAGAACCGAAGACACAGACGGAAGAGCAGAAGGUCCGAACUGAAGAUUUGAAACCGAGUCAGGAGAAGGAGAAGUCGCAGGCGGAGGCGGAAGAGAGUGAAGAAGAGGAAGAGGACAGGGGUGACGCCAAAGCCGCAGAAACAGUCCUGCCUACUGCGAACAAACCACGACAGCCAACAGUGGAAGACGAAGAUGAUGGAGCAAGCUUUCAAGAAGUGGACCUUUGAGCGUCUGAUUCCUUGGCCACGUUACCAAUGUCGACAAGAAUCCUCAUGCGAAGCUCGGUGUCAGGCGCGGGGUGUUGCUUGCAGGUUUGUAUUGAAACUCGAUGCGACUAGUUUAAUGGUUUCCGGCUCCUAGCGCUCGAUGAUCGACUACCCAAUACAAGCCGUAUGAUUUUGCUGUAAUAUACUACCGAAUUUUUGUGGCAGUUUCCCGCUGACCGGAC